AUGGGCAAACAGCACUUGGCCAGAGGCAUUGGCCGCCUGUCCGACCUGGUCAUGACCAAGGCGAAAGGCUCGUGGGUCUGGACGUCGACCGACCGCAAGCUGCUGGACUUUACGAGCGGCAUUGCCGUGACGAGCGUGGGCCACUCGCACCCGAAAGUCGUGGCUGCCGUGCAGAAACAAGCGGCCACCCUCGUGCACGCGCAGGUGAACAUUGGCUACCACCAGCCCAUGCUCGACUUGACGGACAAGCUGCUGCCGGUGCUACCCGCGAGCCUCGACUCGCUCUUCUUCGCGUGCAGCGGCUCCGAGGCCGUCGAGAAUGCGGUCAAGCUCGCGCGUCAUGCGACAGGCAAGAGCCGAGUGAUUGCGUUUCAGGGCGGCUACCACGGUCGCACCAUCGGCACCAUGAGCCUCACGUCGAGCAAGACCGUGUACAGCGCGGGCUUUGGUCCACUCAUGCCGGGCGUCACCUUUGUGCCGUAUCCAUACGCGCUUCAUGGCCCGUUGACCAAUGACGACGAGAAGAACGCCGAGUGGUGCCUAGAGCAACUGCGCGUUGCACUGAAGCAGCAGUCGGCGCCCCGUGACACGGCGGCCAUUAUCAUUGAGUCGGUCCUGGGCGAGGGCGGCUAUGUGGUGCCGCCCACGAGCUUUAUGAAGAACCUGCGCGAUCUCGCCACUGCGAAUGACAUUCUGCUCAUUGCGGACGAGGUCCAGUCUGGGUUUGGCCGCACGGGCAGCCACUUUGCGAUUGACGGUCACUUUGACGUGCAGCCCGACAUUUUGGCGUUUGCUAAGGGCAUUGCGGACGGGUACCCGAUCAGUGGCAUUGCCAGCCGAAAGGAGUUGACAGACACGCAGCCUGCCGGGUCAAUGGGUGGGACGUAUGCGGGCAACGCAGUCGCUUGCGCAGCGGCCAUUGCGACCCAGGAAGUCAUUGCCGAGGAGAACGUGCUUGAGAAUACUCGCGCUCGCGGUGCGCAGCUGCGUGCUGGCCUCGACGAGCUAAAGGCAUCGGGGAGGUACCCGAUUGUGGACGUCCGCGGCUUGGGUUUGAUGAUCGGAGUUGAGUUUGACUUUACUACGACACCAAAGGGCACCGCGCACAGGAUCUCGCUGGCAUGCCUGGACCACGGCAUGAUGCUGCUGACGACGAGUAUAUACGAGACGUUGCGCUUUAUGCCGCCUCUGACCGUGACAGAGUCCGAGUGCGCGCUCGCGCUGGAGAUUUUCCGAAAGGCUUUGGAUGACGUCUUUGAGAAAUAG